AUGGAAUAUAAUGAUAGAUAGGAAAAUGAGUAUUUUAAUUAAUGUAGAGAAGAAAGGCUUUCUAGAAUGCUAUUAACUGAUAUUUACGAAAACGAUUAUAAAUGGUAAUUAUAUGAAGACGAAAAAACUGAAUUUGUUAUGGAAUUAAGUGAUUAUAUAUUUGAAGAUUUAGUUGAAGAGAUGAUAGAAUAAAUGUAAAAAGGCAAAAAAAUUUAUUGA